AUGACGACUUAUGUUCUUUACAGUCCUGACAGCGCAAUUGAUGAAUUCUUCAACUCGAACACUACUGUCACAAGACAGCAAUGCGAUGAAUUUGCUAUUUCUCGCACUGGUGUCUAUAUCUACGAGAUGGAGUAUCUUCCUGGGAUUGCUCAUAUAAUGGCGCGUAUAUCCCUAGACGACAUGUACCGGCAGCGUAACACUAUCAAGGACUUUGCAAGGGUCCGCAAGGAACUCCCGUCUCUCUUCUCAACAUCCCUCCCCUUUGUCCUUAGCCACGGUGAUCUUAACGUGAUGAACUUCCUCGUCAAUCCCCAAACCGGAAAGAUCACAGGGAUUGUUGACUGGGCUGAAUCAAGGAUUCUGCCAUUCGGUUUCGCGCUACACGGACUUGAGAAUCUUUUAGGCUGGACUCAGAAGGGUGGCACUACUAUGAUCGCUACCGCGAACUCGAGAGCCUCUUCUAGGAAACCUUUCGAAAGGAGGCUCACGAUUUCUCCGACUCUGAUUUGUAUUUGA